AUGUACACAAUUUGGAUGCGUCAACAUAACUUGAUUGCUGAGAAAUUGAGUUCUGUGAACCCUCAUUGGGAUGAUCAGAAACUAUUCGAGGAGGCGAGACGAAUCACGAUUGCUCAGUUCCAGCAUGUCACUUUCAAUGAAAUGGUUCCAGUGUUAGUUGGAAAGGAGCAGUUGAGAGUGAUGGGAAUCAAACUUCAGAACAAUGGAUAUGAUUCUGGAUAUGAUAUUAAUAUCGAUGCAUCUGCUUCGAAUGUCUUUGCUGCAGCAGCCGGUCAAUUCUUUUUGACUCUCCUUCCAAGUAAAUUCAGUAUUGAGGAUAAGAAAUUCCAGACGAGAAGUGAAUCCCUUUUGAAACAUUUCAAUGAUCCUGCUUUGAUCUACGAAAAGGGAAAAAUCGAUGGAAUGUUGAGAUUCCUUUUGAAUGCUCCAAUCGAGAAACCAGGACUUCAUAGCUCUCCUCUCUUGAAAACAGCUUUCCAGAAAAAAGACGAAGCAGAUUCCGUUGACAUCAUAGCAAUGGUCAUCCAAAUGGGAAGAGAUCAUGGACUUCCGAGUUAUCUGAACUGGCGGAAAUUCUGUAAACUUGAAGAAGUCAACUCGUUUUUGGCUCUCCAAUCUAUUUUCAAGCCAUCUGUCAAUAUCUCCGAUUUCGAACGUCUCUAUGAAUCUCCUGAAGAUAUCGAUGUGUUUGUUGGAGGUCUAUCUGAACAACCAGCAAAAGGAUCCCUCCUGGGACCAACAUUUGCAUGUCUUUUUGCUCAUCAAAUGACUCAAACUAAACGGGGAGACAGGUUUUGGUAUGAGAACUUCGUGUCUCCUUCUGCAUUCACUGUCCAACAAAUUGAUGAGAUUCGGAAGACAACGAUGGCAAGAAUUAUUUGUGAUAAUACGGAUACGGUGACACAUGUACAACAUCAUGCAUUCUCACUUCCUGAUGAUUAUGGAAAUUGCCCAUUGAGUUGUAACUCAACUGGAAUAAUCCAACCAUUCAAUGCGAAAUCAUUCAAAGAUGAAGAGAAGUUGACAACUCUCCCAAUCACAAAAGAAACGAUCGAAAAAGUGAUUCGUCUGGGAUUGAAGCAAUGGCAGAGAUAUGAGGAAGGUGAAGGAAGACGAAUCAGUGCACAGAUAGCUGAUACCUCUCCAUCUGCUCUACUCUCUCAUGCUCUUCUGAUGGCUCCGAAGAAGGAAUCAAUCGACAUUGCAAGAACUGCAUCAGUCCUUCGAGAGGCUACGAAUAUAUUGGUGACAGGAAAUGGGUUGAAUAAAGAUGAGAAAUUACCGGAUUUGGAUGUAGCAACACUUCAGAAGAUUCUUCCACAAAUCGAUAUUGGAAGUGUUAUCGGAAAUUUUACACCGUUUUUGGCCCGUGACCCUCUCCCGAAAGAGCAAUGUCUUCCGGAACCUCUUCCAUGUGACCAUACUUCCAAAUACCGUUCAUACUCUGGAUGGUGUAAUAACCUCAAAAAUCCAAAGUUCGGAAAUGCCUUCACUCAAAUGCGACGUCUUCUGGAUCCAGCCUAUGACGAUGGUUUCGACACUCCACGUACUCGUUCAGUUCUCGGUUCAGAACUCCCAUCUGCUCGUAAAAUCUCGAACAUUGUUCAUAGCGACGCCCCGAAGUUCCAUGUGAAAUUCACUCAUAUGUUGAUGCAAUUCGGUCAGAUUCUCGAUCACGAUAUGAUGCAUUCUCCGAUUUCUCGUGGUCCGAAGAAUACAAUUCUCAAUUGUUCUUCUUGUGAUUCAGCUCAAACUCUUUCUAUUCACUGCUUCCCGAUUAAAAUUGAGCCAGAUGAUCCAUUCUUCCCAGCAAAACAUAAUGACGGAAGACCGAGAUGUAUGCCAUUUGCAAGGAGUUUGUUGGCUCAAGUCUCCCUGGGAUACCGUAAUCAGUUGAACCAGUUAACCUCGUUUUUGGAUGCCUCUACAAUCUACGGAUCCACUCAAUGCGAGGCAAACAAAUUGAGACUUUUCAGUGAUGGAAAAUUGAAUUUCACUGAUCUUGGGUUUAACAAAGAAGCUCUUCCACAAGGAAACCAAGAAAGAGAUUGCCGUUCGAAUCUUCAGAAUCGACAGAGAAAAUGUUUCGUUGCUGGAGAUGAACGAGUGAAUGAGCAGCCUGGAUUGACAGCGAUUCAUAACUUGUUCUUGAGAGAACAUAACCGAAUUGCGAGAUAUUUGAAGCAAAUUAACAAUUUCUGGACUGAUGAGAAGUUGUUCCAGGAAUCCCGUCGAAUCAACAUUGCCCAACUCCAGAAUAUAAUUUACAAGGAAUGGCUACCAGUGGUUCUCGGUUGUCAACACAUGGAAAAAUGGGGAUUGAUGCCACAGACAAGUGGAUAUUUCGAGGGAUAUGAUGAUCAAUGUGAUGCAACAAUUUCUCAAGAGAUGUCCACCUCUGCAUUCCGUUUCGGUCACUCCCUGAUUCGAGGCGUCUUCUCAAGAAUGAAUGACCAAUUCCAGAAUAUGACGAAUCAUGUCAAUUUAACUGAAACUUUCUCCAAUCCAUCACCAGUUUACGAUAAGAAUUCGGGACAUAUGGAGUCGAUUCUGAUGGGAUUGAUUGGAGCGAGCAGUAUGGCAUUCGAUCGACAUAUCGUGACAGCAGUGAGGAAUCAUUUGUUCGCGAAACCAGGAGGACCGCUGACUGGAUUAGAUCUACCAGCAGUUAAUAUUCAGAGAGCAAGAGAUCAUGGAGUACAGGGAUACAAUGCGUAUCGAAAAUACUGUGGUCUUCGAAAAGCCUCAACCUUCUCUGAUCUCCGUGACACGAUGACUUCUGAAGCUGUGACCGCUCUUGAAACAGCUUAUUCUCAUGUGGAUGACAUUGAUUUAUUCCCUGGAAUAAUGAGUGAAUCACCUACAAGAGGAGCACUUGUUGGACCAACUCUUGCAUGUUUAAUCGGAGAACAAAUGCAAAGAUUGAAGAAAUGUGAUCGAUUCUAUUAUGAGACGAACGAUGCAAUGGUCAGAUUCACUCCAGAUCAACUUGUGGAGAUUCGAAAAGCGAGUCUCUCGAGAAUGAUCUGUGAUAAUAGUGAAUAUGCAGUCAAUAUUCAACCGAAUGUUUUCUUGAUGCCUGAUGAUUUGGCAAACUCCCCGAUGUCUUGCUCAGAACUUCCAGAAAUCGACCUCAACAAAUGGGUGGAUCGUGACUAUUGCCUCGUGGAUGAACGAGUUGUGAACCGUGGAAAAACUAAGAGAAUCACUCCAUGUGUGACGUGUACUUGUACAUUAGAAGGUCCUGAAUGUCAUUCCAUCACAAUUGAUGAUUGCUCUCGUCUCCUCCGUGAUUACUCACUUUCCGAUAUUCAAAAAGAUUCCGUCUGCCUCAUUCAAUGCUCUCAGCACCUCAAAAAGCUUUGA